AUGGUGAGAAGUAUCGAAGAAGCUAGAGAAAAUACACUACGGAUCCCACCGACAUUCGUACAACCGAUAACAAUAAAUCAAAUUGAUGACCAAAAUUUACCUUUAUAUAAAGUUAUUGUGAGAGCCCAAAAGGACAGUCCGGAAUAUGCGGCUACAAAGAUUCGGAUACGACGAUUACAGCAAGGGAAAGAACCAGCGGAUGUGCCCUGGAAACAAACCCUGAUGGAAAAUUAUGAAGUAAAAGAUGACUUAGUGUGUUUGGAUGCGGGGCAUCCCGGGAGAGAUGAAACUAUUCGUUCCAUUGGACUUUUGUAUUAUUGGCCGUCGAUGAGACGACAGGUAAAGACGCACGAACGGUACUGUCUGUUGUGCGCAGCUUCAAAGAGAGGAGGGGCGUGGCAAGAAAAGGCGCCAUUAAAACCUAGACCUCCACAAAGGCCAUGGCAGGUCGUGAGUGUUGAUAUUAUGGGGCCGUACUCUCAGACAAAGAAGAAAAAUAGAUUUUUAAUUGUGUUGACUGAUAUUUGUUCAAAAUGGGUAGAAGCUCUACCUGUGCCCAAAGUGAGACCUCGUAUCCUGAUCGAUUUCAUGGAAAAUAUAUGCCAACAAUGGGGGUACCCGGAACGCGUGAUAAGCGAUAAUGGUUCCACAUUCAAGAGUGGGGUGUGGACCAGAUAUUUACAAGGAAAAUUCAUAAACCAAUACUUCUUCCCAAUUUAUCAUCAAAGAAGUAAUCCAGUGGAGAGAAGAAACCAAGAGUUGAAGAAGUUAUUACGACUAUAUUGUAAACCGAGAGAAGAGAAUCAAUGGGAUGCAGCGAUUAAUCAAGCUCUGUUUACUUUACGAAACCGUACGAAUUCGGCUACCGGAAUGAGCCCUAGCACAGUUUUGUUAGGAGCCGGAGAAUGGGGACACCCGGAACUAGGUCAACGGAUAGAGAAUCCAAGACCGAAAGUACAAUUCCAAGUAGGGGAUCGAGUACUAGUACGAUGCCACCCAGGAACGCAGAUACCAGUGGGGUUGCCAUGGAGUGGACCGUACCGAAUAGUUAGAGUUUGUGGACUAAAUGUCUAUGAGGUAGAUCGAGCUGGACCACUAGUUCUACUUCAUGUAGAUGAUUUAAGACCGUGGAAGGAUAGACCAGAAGACAGAGAAGUCGAGAGAAACCCACUUCAUAUUCCCGAAGAAGACGAAACACCAGAUGAUGCCUUGUUGAACCUAGACGAGGUUCAAUACAGCAGAACCAAUAGAACAGGACCAACAAUCGGAAGCUUCCGAUGA